CUCCGGCUUGGCGGGUGAGCCCUUCCUCGACACGCAGAUUGUCAUGAGAAGAAAUUACCCAAGCCAAAAUGCAGUGACUGCACUUCUCUGGCAAAAGUUUCUUGUGUUAUAAAAACAGCUGGCAGAGCUAAAGCUUUGGAGAGCUGAAUCCACUUCACUUUUUCUCCCUGAGCCACCAUCAGAAGCAGCUUUGUGAGAUGGUUUUCUCUUCAUCAGAAUCACAAGCUUGGAUCCUCUGAGGCAGAGGAAUGGGUCUGCAUCUGUCCUGGGGCUAUGGCAGCUGUAUCUGGCCAUGGUGCUGCUUAACAUCAGCUGGAUCAGGAGCAGGCAUUCACACUGUCCCCUGCCCUCAGACCAGCCAGGGCAUGGCAGUGCAGCAGGACACCAAUGCCUGAGAGCACCGACCUCCCCUGGUGCUGUCCUGAAGGGGAAAGCCUUCAGCCAGGGUGGGCUAACCUUCUCACUCUGGAGUCUGGGGACAUGCACCACAGCCACAACCUGCUAAUGAGCCUGGGAAGCAAGGCAGAAUGUUUGCUUGACAGGGCAAUUAAAUGAUGAUUGAUUCCUGGAACAGCUACUUAAUUCAUGAUUAGCUGGCUUAUCAUAGCCGGCAUCUGUACCAAGGGUCCCUCUGAGAGCUGCCUCAGGGGAUGUGGUGUGGAGGUGAGAUCUGUGAAAUACAAAGCUAAAUUUGCUACCUCUUUAUUUUCAUGGCUCAUUUUACCCAGUACUCGCCUUAGGAAGCUGAGAGUACACAACACAGCUGUGCAUUUUCCACUCUGCUGGGGACUGCUGCAGCCAGGCUGGGGAGUGUGGGGGCCUGCUCAGCCAGCUGGUUACAGGAGCAGCCGUGCACAGGGGGAGGCAGCUCGGUAGGGAGCCAGCAGCUGUCAGGCAGCAGCAGAGCUGCAGCAAUGGUUCAGCUCAACUAGGGCACUGCAGUCUGCCUCCUCCAGGGUGUGCCCAAGCUGUGUGUGUAUGCUUGUCUGUGUACAUCUCUCUGUGCACCUAGCAGCACAUCUGUGUGUGUGCAUCCUCCCCGUGCACCUAGCAGCAUCUCACCACAGUUACCUGCUGCCAGUACUGCCCAGACUAGCCCCAUGGGGCUGAUGGAUGUGCAUGCUAUCCAGUCUUGCUGGUAAUCAAGACAGAGAAUGGCCACUCUUUGACAAUUUUGUCUUUUACUGCUUUCUUGCUUUCAUCUUCUGACUUCAUUUCUCUUUCCCCAAGCUUGGUUAUUAACAGGCUUUCUGUAUCACCAGGCUUAUUUUAUUACUAGGCUUCCCUUUUUAAGUCCCUGUGUGAUUCAGAUUUUAAGUCCUGUAGGAUUCAGAUAACCCAAAUGGGGUCUGGGUACAACUGCAGGGCUGGUCUGACUCUGUCCUUCCCUCCACAUGUGCAUGAAGGGCUGGUCCUCACCCUCUCUGCCAUUCCCUCUCUAAUGUCAUCUCCAGGGGCUUGAUGGCCCUUGUCUUCACCUGCAAACCCAGACCAUUUGGUACACAGCCUCUGUGUGAUGUGCUGAUCUUGUUUACUGAGGAGUGGGAAGCAUCUCUAAUCCCUCUGGUACUGGAACCCUUUCACAUCUUCACCCUUACUGGAGAGGAAAGUUUCAGCCUGGCUGCUUUCCAGCAGGGCUGAGCACACUGCUGCAAGCAUGUUGUCACACUGGCCCUCAUUGUUCCCUCCCCACUGCUGACAAAUGCCAGGACUGGGCACGAAGGCUGCAGUUUGUGGCUCCUUUGCUUAUUUAUCAGAAGCACUGUGAGAUUUUCUUCUGCACUUUUCCCCUUGUCCCUGCAGUAUCCCAGGGAGAGCAUGAGCCUCAACUCCCAAGAGUGGAAGGCAGCAAGGAAAAGAGACUUUAGUACAGCAGCAUCAAGAUCCUGACUCUGCUCUAAGGACAGUUUGAGGGCUCAGAAAGGUUUGAGCUCACCUGCCUUCCCUGGGAUGAAGCCUCAGCCCUGCCCAGCCCACAUUCACAGACUUCCUCAUACUUCAGGAGUUUUUUCCUGUGAUUUCUUUUGAUACCCACACUGUUACUUUUCCAAGGUAUGUUCACCCUAGGACGUUUGCUGCCUGCAAGCCCUCACUGCCUUUUCCUCACAGCCCAGGUCAGUGAGACAUCUCCCACUAGCCCUUCUAGCAUCCUUUGGGACUCAACAGAGUCCAUGUCCAGCAGCAGUCCAGCUGCACAGAUGCACUCUUGCCACACUGCCUCCCUGGCACCUCCCAAACUGCCUUUUAGGUUUCCAAUUCCUCCCAGCUCCUUUCCCUUCUUUCCCCUCCCACUCUCUGUUUCCCAGCGCUUGCUGCUGUGAACUUAUGUUUUUUCUGUGCAGCUCUGCUCCUUCUCCAACCUGUUGCUGAGGACUCAAAGUGAGAAGCACGGCAACUUCCACUCAGGCAGCACCUGGUGCCAGUGGCCAGCAGCCUGCCCGUGGUCUGUCUGCUGGUGUUUCUCAACACAUUUGGAACUGACUCCCUUCAACAGUUCUCAGCAAGAUCCCAUUCCUUCCUACCCUAGCUUGCUGCCAGAAGCAUUCCUUGAAGAUCUCCCCACCACCACCACCACAGGCAGCAUGGAAAGCGUGCGGGAGCUCCAGAACCCGCUCUUGGCCAAAUCCAAUGGCCACCUUCGCAGCAGCUAUUCUUACCACCAGCACCACAGCCAGGACUACCCCAGCCACCGCUGCCAGGGGAAACUGUAUUCCUACAUAUUCCAAAACACUGGCGGUGCCAGGACUCACCAGCUGCUGGAUGCCAGUUCCCUGCAGCUGGCUGUUGAAGCUUUGUACGGCCCCAGUUUCAUCCUUGUGAAGGAUGAGACUGCUCUCAAGGCCAAGGACAGCAAGAUGGAAAGCUGCGAGACCACUUUUACGGAAAGCAAAGAGUCGUCAUCUGAAGCUCCUGAAGGGCAAGAGGCACAAGGGUCCUGUCUGGUAGAGAGUGACAUCCGUAUCCAAACUGUUUCCUAUGAGGUGGAGGAAGAGGAGCUCCAGGAGUAUGAGAGCGACUCCUCCAGCGACAGCGAAAGCGAGGAUCAUUUCCUGAUGCUUCCCCCCCGGGACCACUUGGGCUUGGCCCUUUUCUCCAUGCUGUGCUGCUUCUGGCCCCUGGGGAUUGCUGCCUUCUACUUCUCUCAAGGGACCAGCAAGGCUGUCUCCAAAGGAGAUUUUCAUCUGGCCAGUUCAGCUUCCCGCCGAGCUCUCUUCCUUGCCGCGCUCUCCAUAACCAUUGGCACAGGAGUGUACAUCGGGGUGGUGGUAGCACUGAUUGCUUAUCUCUCGAAAGGCGGCCACGUGUAGCUGCCACCUGCAUGUCACUGCCAUCCCUGGCCGCUGGCCCUUCUGGGACUGAGCUUUCCUGCAGAGCACCGAGCACCAGCGCCUGCGAGGGCUGCUUGCACAGCAGGACCCCAGCAUGGAUGUCCUGUGCAGGUUUCUUCCUCUUUCAGACAAACAGUAGACCCCUGUUCUCCCUGAAGUUGUGGUGUGUGACCAUCUAACAACAGGGAAUUGAGCACCAGCCUGGCUGCUGGGACAAGGAGGAGCACAUUUGCCUGGUGGAAGAUGUGCAGGAGGGAAACCACACGCUGCUGCUGGGCUGGUGCAACCACCCCAGUCUGGGGCUACAGCUUCCCUUCUCAGUCCCACAGCUGGGAGAUCCAUCACUUGCCCAGGCUUGGCCCAUGAAGGGUACACACAGGAAGAAGAGGGAGUAUGGUGCCAGGGAAUGACUGCUGCUUCUUCUGGGAGUCCUGGUGGGGUCUCCAGACUCCUGUGAUGGGGACAACAUUCUCACUUCAGUGCUGUGGGGUGGCCUGACCCCUCAGCUGCAGUGAAGUAGGAGGACAGAGCACGGACAAGACCAACAGGCAUGCUCUCUGCAUCCAUCGGCAGACAGACCCCCAAUCCACAGCAGAACAUCCCAGUUCCUGGUCUAUCCCAAAUCAGAAGCAGGAGGAAGGCAGGCUGGUGGUUGCACACCAUCUCUCCCAUUGUUGGUGCAAGCUGGUAGAGACAGCAAGGUUUUCUCUGUGUUAAUAGUGACUGCUAUGGUGAUCCCAAGUCAGAGCCCUCAUAAGGUUGCUGUCCCAGAGUGCUCGGCCCUCAAAAGUUUUUUAAUGGAAAUCUCUAUCUAAGAAGUGUCCUGGGAGGGGUGCUGGCCUUGAAGGGUUCCACUCCUUGUGCUAGGUCAGGGCCCUGCACACGAAGAGAAAUGGAAAGAAAAGGAUGACAAAACCUGCAGAAUCUGGGGUGGGAGUUCUGCUUGUGAGGGGAUGAGAUCCAGAGAAGGAAGAGACGUGGAAGGAGCCUGAGACACGGGGUGACCUCAACACACUCCUUCCCAUGCCUUGGAGAGAGGUAUCUCCAUCCAUCCAAAAAUCUCUGGUAACAAGGAAAUACCAAGCACCCCCACCCCGCCCCAUACAUCUUACUUUUGCUUAUUUGUAUAUUGUCAGCAACAUAUUAAAUGCUUCAGAAGUGGGUAUGAAGGCAAUGGUUGCCCCAAAGGGCGGGCGUUAAGAAGCUAUGCCUUGCCCCCUACUCUCCAGCAUCCACCUUUGACCAUCCCUCCUCUCUCUGGCUCUCCUGUUGCCUCUUGUCCCCAUGUGCAGGAGACUGCAGGCAGACUCUGGGCAUCCCUCAUCCCCUUCCCAGAGUUUCUGGGCAGGCUGCAGCCAGCUUUGCAAGAGAGGCAGCAUGUUCCUCCAGCUGGGUGCCAUUCAAAUGUACAUUUCAUCCUAAAGAAGCAUGUUAAUGUCUGCGAUUGCCAUUGUACUUGAGCCAUAAAAGAGAGGAGUGCAUCAGAGACCUGUACAGAAGUUGGUCUGAAAGUUCCCAUUAUGUUUUUUAACAUGGAAGAACUAAUAAAAAAAGCAGGAGAAAAGACUCUGUUUAUAAUAAUGUGGAGCUGGCUGUCAAAGAGGUGAGCUUCACAAGAAUGCCACACUCACUUAAACCUGAGGUGUUUAUGCUGUUCCUGAAGGAAGUUAUAAUCUAGCUGGUGUCUGGGUAUCUUGGAGGGAGGUAUAUUUCAAUGCAGAUCACAGUGGGCAAAUACCACCGAGAGCAGAAUGGUGGUGUAGGCUUUUUUUCCCCUGUGUAGUUGGACAAGAAUUAGGGAGAAAGACUGGAGCAUCUGUGUGUAGUAGAAGCAUAAAAUCUGCUUGAAGAGGGGCAGAAAAAUACAAACAUCAGGAGGAAAUAAGGAGAUCUUUCUUCUGAUGGCGGACAGAGAGGCAGAAUUUGCAGGGAAGGGCUGGCAUGUCCAAAAGAGAUAAGGUGGCCUUAGAGAAGAGUAAUAAGGGGCAGAAUCACCUGGCACCCAUGUGAUCGUUUUAAUUCCCCUCUCCUGCACGUGCUCAGCCUUCCUGGAUGUCCAUCCCUCCAAAUAACCAAGCAAGAGCAUUAUUUCAGGAGAGGGGAUGUCUGUGGGUGCAUCUGCAGCAGGGGUGACCAGCCCCACCACCCCCAGCUCAGUGCUGUCCCGGCUAAAGCCCUCCUCAUCUCUCCCCUUCAAGUACCCCAGAAUCAGCAGGGGUGGGGGUCCCUGCUGAUUCUGGUCGAGACAAAAUGAUUUGGGCUGCCAGACCAGAAUCUACAAUAAGAUACAGCAUUUGCUUCUGAAUUUGUAAUUCUUCCAGCUGGUUCCCUUCAGGGGCUUCCAAGGGUGGGGGGUCCAGCCAUCUUCAGCCCACUUCCCAUGAGCAUUCCAUUCCUCUGAACCCCAAACUCCUUCUUUGUCUUUUUUUUAAUUGGAGCUGCAUGGGGAAGGAGCGAGCUAAAGGGCCAACAGAAUUAGAGUCUUUUCUGCUAAUAGCCUGAAUCUCUGAUGAACUUGUCAAAGCGGGGGAGAAGGGGCUGUGCCAGAGCAUCCCUAAGGGGGCAUUAUGCAAAUGCAGAAAUUAGUUGGAAACAGCCUGAAGGGAAACAUGUGGAAAUUUAAAUCCAAGGAAGAGCAUGAUCACUGCUGAAUAACUUAUUAUAGAUUCACAGCAUCUGCUGUAGCUGCCUAAGCAGAAGGGAAGGAAGCAAAAAGGCAACAAGACACAGCAGUCAGGGAAGGUUC